GGUAGUGUUGUGUGUCUGAUUUGAGAUAUUAAUUUAAAGUUAUAACUUGGGUUAUUAUUACUGAAUUAGGGAAUGUUGAAAUUGGAUUGUUAUUAAAUACCGGUACUGAAUGAAGAUCAGCUCCCAUAACUGAAUAAAAUCCAAACUGUGCAAAACAGUCGAAAUACUGAAAUAAUACGUAAUUGCUAAGUGACCAACAGCCUGACAGCUAUGUCUUCCAAAUCGCCAAGCAAAGUUCCAUUUUGGAAGAGAUCAUCACCGAAAAUGCCUGGAGGGUCAAUCAAAUCCUCAACACAAAACAUAUCACCAGUUCCGAGGCAUAAAUUGUCUUUUAAAGAAUUUGAGCAUCAUACAGAAGAUGCUUGGGACGCUAGUGAAGAUGAUCUUCUCAGAGAUGCUGUUUCAAAAAUUAACAUUCAUCCAGAACAUGCAAAGGAAUCUGCAAAAGCAGUUAUUGCGAGUCAUAGCAAACGUGCAAGUUUAACUUCAAGCAACAAUGAUUCCAAAAAUAAAUCUACUGCAGAUGAAAAAGUGCUGCAAAAUUCAACAAUGAAAUUUCCUGGUGGUGCAAGCAGAACUGUUCCAUCGGUGAAUGUUAGUGAAGAAGAAUCAGUAAAGAAGAAUUCCACUGAACAAAAUAUAUCUGAACAAGUGACUCAAGAUGAUGAGAAGUCUGAUAAAUCUCAAGCACACAUCACAACACCACCAAAUAAUAGUAAAGAUCACCGUAAUGAUGCCUCAAACGCACCGAACACACAAUCCAUGCGUGCACCGCUUCAAACAAUUGAUAAAUCGAGGGAAACCAUCCGAAUCUCAAAGUUUAAAAAUCUUAUUGACAGUCCGAAUACAGAUCUAUCUGAACUCCGGGAAUUGAGUUGGUCUGGUAUUCCAGCCUGCAUGAGACCUGAUACCUGGAGAGUAUUAUGCGAUUAUAUGCCUGCUAAUAAAGAGAGACGUGAAAGUGUUUUGAUAAGAAAAAGGAAAGAAUAUUUCAAUUUUGUGAGAGAUUAUUACGACAGAGAAAGACAAGGAAUGCAUAAAGAAACGUUUCAUCAGAUACACAUCGAUAUUCCAAGGACAAAUCCACUCAUACCAUUGUUUCAGAUGAAAAUAGUUCAAGAAAUGUUUGAAAGAUUAUUAUUUAUAUGGGCAAUCAGACAUCCUGCAAGUGGAUAUGUUCAAGGAAUAAAUGAUCUUGUUACUCCAUUUUUUAUUGUUUUUCUGUCAGAACAGAUAAGUGCUGAUGAUGAUGUUGAAACCUAUGAUGUGUCGCAGCUUUCACAAGAAAUUCUCGAUCGAAUGGAAGCAGAUACUUAUUGGUGUACAAGUAAACUACUUGAUGGAAUUCAAGACAAUUACACAUUUGCACAACCCGGUGUACAAACUAAAGUUCAAAGGUUAAAAGAAUUAAAUAGAAGUGUUGAUGAACAAUUGCACAAUCAUCUUGAAUGUGAGCAGGUUGAAUAUCUACAAUUUGCUUUCCGAUGGAUGAACAAUUUAUUGAUGAGAGAAAUUCCACUCAGGUGCACAAUAAGGUUGUGGGAUACUUAUCUAGCAGAGACUGAAGGCUUCUCAGAUUUUCAUCUGUAUGUUUGUGUUGCAUUUUUAAGACAGUGGAGAAAACAACUCCUUGAAGAAAGAGACUUUCAGGGUUUGAUGUUGAGGUUACAAAAUGUACCAACUCAUCACUGGGGAGAUGAAGAAAUUGGUCUUCUUAUUGCGGAAGCUUUCAGAUUGCGUUACACGUAUGAAGAUGCAAAAAGUCAUUUAGCGGCCAAAAGGUGAUGCUUGUCAUAAAGAAGCAAUCGUUGUUGGUAGGUAAUUAUGACAUGAUCAUAUACUCAUCUGAAACUGGUAUAGUACAAUCAGUUCCAUUAUGGCCAAUGCUGUUUCUUCUAUACAAGAGACUUCAGUAUGAUGAUUUACACAUGCACCAACCAUGCAAUUCGUCAUGAUUAUAUAAUCCAUAUCAAGGUGUUGCACUUCAAGGAUUGUUGAAAGCAGGAGCUAUUACAGAAGCAUCAACGAAAUUUUCAUAUAUUUAACCAUCUUCCUAACACCAAAUAAAAUAGAUGCUC